UUUCUCUCUCUCUCUUUCUCUCUCUUCAAGCCAUUGGAGGGUUUCCAAAUAAUGGUAUCUUGUCUGCAAGCUUUGAAGCCGUGUCAGUAAUAACCCCAAAAGCUACCCAUUUCCAUUUCCUGAGUUAAAAAAGAAAAAAAAAAGGAAGAACAGAAGAACAAAGAGAUCAAUCCAGCUGAGGAAACAGCUCCUUCUUCUCUCCAAGCUGAAGAAGAAGAAAAUGACGAGGAAGAAAAUUCAGAUCAAGAAGAUAGACAACAUAGCUGCAAGGCAAGUGGCAUUUUCCAAGAGGAGAAAGGGGCUCUUCAAGAAGGCCAAAGAACUUGCAAUUCUCUGUGAUGCUGAGAUUGGCCUUUUUGUUUUCUCUGCUUCAGGAAAGCUCUUUGAUUAUGCAAGCUCAAGUAUGCAGGGUCUACUUGAGAGGCAUAAUAGUGUGCAUUCAGAAAAUCUUCCCAAUUUGAAUGAACCAUCAGUUGAGUUGCAGCUCGAGAGUAAUAUGCGAGCCAAGUUGAACGAAGAAGUUGAGAAAAAGACCCAUGAACUGAGGCAAAUGAAGGGAGAGGAGCUUCAAGGAUUGGGCAUGGAGGAACUCAAGAAAUUGGAGAAAUCGCUUCAAGGAGGACUCAACCGCGUUUCAGAAAUGAUGGACGGAAGAAAUAUUGAUUUGAUCCAUGAUAUUGAGAGGAAGGUUGAUAUGCUUGUGGAAGAGAACCAGAGAUUGAACCAGCUACAGGAGGUGGAGAAAAUGACAGACCAAAUGCAGAACAUGCAAGGCAACUCUUCUGAGUCCAUAGUCAAUAAUUGCAGCUCAUCAAACCCUUCUCAAGACUAUGACAGCUCUGAUACUUCUCUCAAAUUGGGAUUGCCAUCUCUUGAGUAUUGAAUUUUAUUGCUCCAGAGUGGCACCUGAAUCAACCCAAGAUUUGCAAUUUUCUUGUGGAAAAUAGUGCAUUUGAUUGAAAAAGAAAUUCAAGAAAAAAAAAUGAAAAAAGAAAAUAAAUUUGGUAGAUUAAGUGUGCAUGUAUAUGAUUUAUGCAAUAAAAUAGGUUGUAUGUAUUUCUACAAUUUGGCACAUGAAGAAAAUUAAAUUACUUGAA